CUUGAGUUCAUAAAUGGUGGCUGGUGCAUGAGUGAUGAGGCCACCACACACUACAGCGCUGUCAUAGAUCAGAUGACUCUGGGUCUGCGAUUCCUGAAUGACACUUUCGGUGAAUGUGGUCGCCCCCGGGUGGCCUGGCACAUCGACCCGUUUGGACACGCCCGAGAACACGCCUCCAUCUUUGCUCAGAUGGGCUAUGAUGGUUUCUUCUUUGGCCGUUUGGACUAUCAGGACAAAACUCGCAGGAUGAAAACCAAAGAGAUGGAGAUGCUCUGGAGGGCCAGUGAAAGCCUGACACCGCCUCUCGCUGAUCUCUUCACAGGUACUAAUCUGUAAACGUGCUGCUU